CGGUAAACCCAAGUCAACUGACAGGGGCCAGCCAUGGGUGUUUACUGCAAUGUAGACAUACCCUAAAGGGUCCAAGUUCCCUGCCUUGGAAUAAUAGCAGAGGGAUGGAGACACAGAAUCCAGUGACAGUGAUUGGAAAGAGGCAAUAAAAACGAUAAGAGGAUGCAGCAUGUGUAAGGCUAAGAUUUUGUUACGGUUAGUUUUAGUAAAAGUCAUGGACAAGCAUCGUCAAUAACCAAAAUUCAUGGAAGCUCAUGACCUGUCCCUGACUUUUAUUAAAAAUAAUUAUGACAAAAUGGGGAAGGAAGAGGGUCCAGCACCCACUGCUGCUGAGGCUCCAGGGUCCCCUCACCCACGGUGGCGGAGAGUGUGGAGUCCCCCCUGCUGCUGGUAGCAGCUGGGAGCUGUGGGCUUGGGGCCGCGGGGAUCCCCCGUCACCCAUGGCUGCAGGGGAGUCCCUGUCGGCUGACAGCUCCAGCCCUGCCAUUCUGGGACUAAAGCGAAAAUGUUACAGAGGUCUCUGGGAGUCACGGAUUCCGUGACUUCCAUGACCUCUGUGACCAAAUCGUAGCCUUAAGCAUGUGUAAUACAUUUGUUUAACUCAGUGUUUCUCUCUGGAUGUUGCAUUUCCCCAUGUCUUGCCAUAAAACCACUUCCUUUUAAUUGCUUUCCAGCAGGUGCAGGACGAUCUCCGUGAAAUCAUCGACACAUCUUGUACAGGAUACCACUUGCAGGGAAUUCAGGCUAGGUCUCUGUCUAGGAGCAGAGGAACUGCAAUACUAGAGAACAUCAUUGCUUGAUUUAACCAUAUACCCUGCUGCCAGCAGUCGCCUAUAUCUUAUUUUCUGUUAUAUAUGGAAAGCUUGUGUAAACUGGGAGGGCUCUUUAAUGCUGUCCGAGAACAGAGCCUUCCACAUGGAGCUUCCACCUGCCCCCUCCCCCCUCGGCUUUUGGGGAAGUGGUGGGCAGGGCUGGUGGCAUUUCCAGGAUAUUUAUAUUGUGUUUGAACUGUAUAUUUCCAUUGUAAGGGAUGGCUGCCCACUGUGAUUUUCAUAAAUAUAAUAUGUCUUUAUUGUCCCGUUGAACAAGCUUACAAGAAAAUGUAAAUACGCUGCUCAGGCUCCAACCAACUCAGUCUUUGCAGUGUGGUAUGGAGAGCUGCAUUCCUUGAGGUUCCAGAUUUAGUGUGUUACCUGCUAACGUCUGUGCACCCCUCUUUAAACACUGAAGGCCAGAUUUUCAAAGGUAUUUACGCCUGAAGAUGCAUAAGGUACCUAGUGGGAUUUCAGAAUGGUUAGGUGCCCAGCUCCCAUUGAUUUCAAUGCAAAAUAAGCCUGUUCAGGUGCUUUCAAAAAUCCCACUAGGUGCCUUUCUGCAUCUUUAGGCACCUAAACACCUUUGCAAAUCUUGUCUUGAGCUCUUUAUUGAGCCCUCAAUCCAAUGCCCUGCCUCUGCUGAGAUGUUAGCAGGAGAAUUUAGCUGGGAGUGGCUUUCUGUCCAUCAGUGCUAGCUUAGGGAUUCUGCACCCUGUCAAAAGUGAUUUUAGUUAAUGAUGGCAGAGAAAUAUCCAGGUUUGAUACAUUAGCCACUGUGGCUUUGGAGCUGCACACAAUUAGAGUGCAGUUGUCCAAGGGCACAGAUCAUGUCUAAUCUCAACCAAACACUGGACUUGUUUGAGGAACAGUGCAGUAAGAGAUUCCUUCUGGAAUACAAAAAUAUCAACGUAUAUCUCCCAAUUAGCCAUUGGGAGACAUAAAUGAGCAAUAAAGGAUGGUGACUCGAAUGGGAACAGAGCCCAACAUAGUUUAAGUAAGAGGAGAUGGAGGUUGACUAGAGAUACCUUAAAUGCUGAUGUGUAAGGCAUGGAAAGUUCAGUCACAUGAGGUGUGUAGUCAGCUAAAUGUCCAUUAUUGCUUUCUAGAUUACUAGCACAAGUGUAAAGUCCAGUAGGGCUCAGGUUACUUCUCCAGAUUUGUACCACACCCUCGAUGGCGAAAGAAGAGGAGUGGCUCUGGCCUUACCUAGGUCUUUUAUGUUAACAUCCAUGGCGUGAAGGUCCUCCUAAACUGAAUGAGUUCCUCUGGGAGACUGGCAAGGGUUUGGACUCCAAAGAUGCCCAGUUUUUAUAGUCUUGCAGCUGUUUGUGUCUGCAGUCCAGUGGACGUAAAGACAAGAGAGUUUCUGGCGGCAGUGGGAAGACAGAGCUUCAAGCAGCCACUUGACACAAGGGGAUUCUAGUCCAGGUCACUCACAAAUGGACAGCAGCACCAUCUUUUAACCAGCAGAAUGGAGAAGUCAUCCAGCAAUGAGACCCAGACUCUUACUUCUAAGAAAGAGCUCUUGGACUGUACGGAAGGUGAAGAUUGCCAAGAGAAUGGACUCCUGGUCAAGAACCCUAAAUCCACCCUGCAGCUGGUGGAGGAUGGGAAUAAGGUCCACCCCAGCCAGGGAGAUAAAGGGGAAGCAGGUCAGAUCUCCAAUGGCUACUCAGUGGUUCAGAGCCCAGUUCCUUGCAAUGGAAUAGGAGAUGGGGAAGAUGUCCAGUGCACGGCCCCAGCGGCCACCACUACCACCACCACCACCACUUCCACCACUUGUGGGGUGGAGGCUCAACCACAGCUGCUGGAGCUGGAGGAAAGAGAGACCUGGAGUAAAAAAAUGGACUUUCUUCUCUCUGUCAUUGGCUAUGCAGUGGAUCUGGGCAAUGUAUGGCGAUUUCCCUAUAUAUGCUACCAAAAUGGAGGAGGAGCGUUUCUCAUCCCGUACACCAUCAUGGCCAUCUUUGGAGGCAUCCCCCUCUUUUACAUGGAGCUAGCACUGGGACAGUACCACAGGAAUGGGUGUAUCUCAAUUUGGAGGAAAAUUUGUCCUAUUUUCAAAGGAAUUGGCUUUACUAUCUGCGUAAUAGCUUUCUACAUAGCCUCUUACUACAAUACCAUCAUGGCUUGGGCCCUCUACUACCUCAUUUCAUCCUUCACGUCAGAGCUUCCAUGGACCAGCUGCAAAAAUGCUUGGAACACCGUCAACUGCACCAACUACUUCACCAAUGCCAGCAUUACCUGGACCCCACACUCCAUCUCCCCUGCGGAAGAAUUUUAUACCCGCCACAUUCUACAGGUGCAAAGAUCCAAAGGGCUGGAUGAUCUGGGAGGCAUUAGCUGGCAACUGACACUCUGCUUAUUGUUGAUAUUCACUAUUGUGUACUUCAGCAUCUGGAAAGGGGUCAAAACAUCUGGCAAGGUGGUGUGGGUGACUGCCACGUUCCCUUACAUCAUACUCUUUAUCCUGUUAAUACGAGGGGCCACACUGCCUGGAGCCUGGAGGGGGGUUGUCUUCUACCUGAAGCCUGACUGGCAGAAACUCCUGGCCACUGAGGUCUGGGUGGAUGCUGCAGCUCAGAUUUUCUUCUCUCUUGGUCCAGGUUUUGGGGUCCUACUAGCUUUUGCCAGCUACAACAAAUUCCACAACAACUGCUACCAGGAUGCAUUGGUUACCAGUACAGUGAACUGCAUGACUAGUUUUGUGUCUGGAUUUGUCAUUUUCACUGUGCUUGGAUAUAUGGCUGAAAUGAGGAAUGAAGAGGUGUCGGAGGUUGCUAAAGAUACUGGGCCCAGCCUUCUCUUCAUUACCUACGCAGAGGCCAUUGCAAACAUGCCUGCUUCGACUUUUUUUGCUAUCAUAUUUUUCUUGAUGUUACUCACUCUGGGAUUAGACAGCACGUUUGCAGGGCUGGAGGGGGUGAUCACUGCGGUGCUGGACGAAUUCCCACAUGUUUGGGGAAAGCGCAGGGAAUGGUUUGUCCUUGGUCUGAUCAUCGCUUGCUUCCUGGGGUCAUUAACAACCCUGACAUUCGGUGGUGCAUAUGUAGUGAAGCUGUUUGAAGAAUAUGCUACAGGCCCUGCUGUCCUAACGGUGGUGUUUCUGGAAUCCAUUGCGGUGGCCUGGUUCUAUGGCAUCAACCAGUUUUGCAGGGACAUGAAGGAAAUGCUGGGCUUCACUCCAGGCUGGUACUGGCGACUCUGCUGGGUAGCAAUCAGCCCCAUCUUCCUUUUGUUCAUCAUUUGCAGUUUUAUGUCCAGCCCUCCUGAUCUACGGCUUUUUGAUUAUAACUAUCCCUACUGGACCACUAUAGUGGGUUACUGCAUAGGAACCUCCUCUGUUAUCUGCAUUCCAAUCUACAUGGCUUAUCGGUUGAUAAUCACUCCAGGAACAUUUAAAGAGCGUAUUCUAAAAAGCAUUACCCCGGAGACAGCCACAGAAAUUCCCUUUGGGGACAUCCGCAUGAAUGCAGUUUAGUUAACAUUUUUGGGGGGAGGGGAAAAGGUGUAAAAGUUUAACUUUUCCCAUGCUCCCCAACCCUCCAUAUUCCCCUUUCCAAAGAAUUGAGUUUCCACUGAGCCAAGGAAUGGGUGGGUGUUUUCCAUGGAGGCCCAGACAACGGCAAUGUGCAUCUGAAAAUUGGUACCUCCAGCAUACAGAUCCAAACAUUUCAACAAAAUCUGCUGCAUACUUCAAACCAGACGAGUUCACUACUGAACUGAUUCAUUCUGAAAACAUGAGGAUGUCUGUAUGGGAGAGAAUGCAUAAACCACUAUAGGAUGACUAUCAUCCGUUAGGAUUAGAUUUAGAAUCUCAAAUCUGUGACAGUACUCCUGUAUUUUUCUCAAUGUGAUCAUUUGUACUGGACCAUGUUGUAUUUGCUUCUAAAGAUCUCAUUGCUUAAACUGAGUUGAAAAAUACAGGAAAAUAGUUCUGAUAGCCAUAUAUUGCCUGAGUAAUACAGAAUUUUAUUGCUUAAAAAUAAUAGGACCCUCAUAUCCUUGUUUUGCUGUGGAGUAGGCAGAGAAAGAUAUAGGAAACAACCCUGAAAAGCACUAUGUAUGAAGACUGUGUCCAGUUGCACACACAGUUGGUAGCAUUAUUCCCCUUCCUUCUUUAUACCACUUACUUUUUUGCACUUUAUGGACCAUACCAGUUUUCAUUAGUUAUUUCUUGCAUAACAAGCACUCCACAAAAGAAUGAUUUUUAAAAUUUGGGACUUCACAAAAUGCUCAGCCUCUUCUCUAUUCUCCUCUGGUACCAGUUAUACAAAACCCUCAGCCCAUCCAGCUCUUGGUCAUAGGUCAGCUGGCCAAUGUUUAAGUUGUUAGCAAUUGCUACACUCUGGUGCCAUCUCCCUGUCUCUUUUAGCUGUAUAUUCAUGACGACUUUUUACAGACAGACUUAGCUUAUUUAUUCCUUUAGAAACUAGCCCAGUGGUGAAUUGUUUGGAGGUCAGAUGCUAGAGGUUGGACCAUCAGAGCUACAUAGACUUCUUUUACAGCUUUUUAUGGGAAUCAAACUGUGGUUUUUCCUAUUGUUUCCUGUUGCAAAACUAAAGCUUAGGGGAACACUUUAUACUGGUUGGCACAAAUAUCAAGUCUAAAAAUUUUUAGAAAAUGUCAUGAAAAUUUACUAGCUCAUGUACUAAAUCAGCUCAUCCAGUCUUUAUCUGAAGAGAAAGAUAACGAAAAAACAAUGCUAUUUUAUUCACUCUGGGCCAGUGGUGAGUAUAAUUCUGCAAGGAUGAAUUCUAAUAAUAAGUUGAUAUAUACUUAAUUGAGGUAUUUAAUUGCAAAUUAAGUCCUACAUACAUUUAAAUUCAUAAUAGUCUAUAAGUACUUAUGCCUGUCAAGCCAGAGGGUAGGUUAAACAAUGAUUACUUUUGAACUCAGUUGCAUUUGCCAAGUGAAUUUCAGGACCAUGGAAUGACUACGCAGUUAUAUGGAAAUUGCUUAGUUAACCCUAUGCACUUAACAUGCAAGUAAAGGAGACAUGUGUUAUACUAUUACCCUGUCAUUAAAGCCAAAUUUUAUUAUGAAACCUAUCACAACUGAAGCUAAAAUAGAACAUAAAAUCUCCUUGUACAUCAUGAGUUGCCUAUGUUAAAAAUGAAGAGAUUGCCAUACAAGAAUUCAUGUAGGCAGGCAUCAAGAAAUUUCUUCUGAAAGAAAAAGCUUACACUGAAACAUACUACAAAGAACAGACCAUUUGCACAGAGGAGUGCAACCAUGAUGUUUUUGCCUUUUGAAUACUAUACCAUUUUCAUCUUCUCUCACAAGACUUUUCUACUUAUGCAUAUAGACACCCACUUCAAAUAAUGUCUAUUACACUUAAGCCAUAGACUUAAGACCACUUGUCUUGUAGGUCUCUAGCCCAACUCAUUACACAGAAAUAAUUUAGAGUGAUGACGGAUUAAUUCUGUCUCAACUGCUGACAAAGGCUUACUAGGACCACACAAGUCAUUUCUAAAGGGAAUAAUGUCUCAUAGUGUCAUGAGAAAGAUAAAAUGAAUCCAUGUCUCACUGGAUGAUGACUUGCAAGGAGUAACUUAGCAAUUUACCCCUCAUGUAUAUUUAAAAACAGCUUCUAAAAUGGACUUAAUUUUGAGGGGACACACACAUAGCAUAUCUGCAGGAUUUGAAGAAAAGUUAUUUAAAAUAUGUCAUGGGCUAUUUUAUAAAAUGUAUAAAAACAUCAGCAAUUUAAUAUUCAAAAUGAAAACUGACAAACCAGAAAAUUAGAAACCAUUUGAUAAAUUGUCAAAAGUUCAACUUUUCUGUCUUAAGUUUAUUGCUGAAAAUAUACAUAUGAAGUGACAGGGUGGGGGCAAGCAGGAUAAUUACAUAUUCCCAGCAUCUAAUUUGGGAAGGAAGAAGUCUGACUAUAUCUUCUCUAUUCUCCCUAAUUUGUGUCCAGCCAAUACCAGAACUGUGAAGUGUUUGUUUGUUUUUUUUAAAUGGAUACAUAUUCUAAACUGAAUUGUUGCCUGAGCCAAUAGCUUUCCUGUUCCUUGCUAGGCUCAUUCAAUGACAGCUUUCCCCAGCCCAAACAGCACUGUUUAAAAAGGGAUUUUUCCAUCUCUACUUUCUAACUUUCAGUAAAUCCAGUUGCAAACACUCCUUCAACAGACAUUUGGCUGUCUUCUGUCAGGAAGGAGAUGGGGGUGGCUAGGUUCAGAAAGAGUAUUAUCUUCAUUGAAACCAAAGUUUUCUUCCCAAGCCCUUGUGCAGAAAUUGAAACUCAGGAUGAGUUCUGGUGGAAUAAUAAUUUUGCAGAGUAAUAACGGCAGAAGUCUCUGCUUUUUAGUGGGAGGUGGAAGAGUACUGGGACUCUUCAGCAGUAACAUUAUGGUGCCAUGUUACAGCUUUAUAGAUGUAACUGCAAUUUGCAAAAUAAAAAAAAAUCUUCACUUGCAUUAUUUAGACAAUAAUACACAACAAUCUGACUUUCUGGGUGGUUACAGCAUAGAAAAUUGAUUCAUUGCCCCAGAAAUACCAGUGUUUUCUAGAGGACUAGGAGACAACCAGGAAGUCUGGAGUUUAAAAACAAGGCCACUGACCCACUGUGUAACCUUGGGCAAGUCAUUUGUUUUCUCAGACUCAGUUUCCCAGAUGAAAAAUUAAGAUAAGCCUGCUUGACUGUUUCACUGGAGUUCUGUGAGGACUGAUGCCUUUUACCACACUUUGAAGGUGAAAAGCACUGUAGACAUGCAAAGUACUAGGAGGUAAUUUUCUAGAACUAUAGAUUAUAGUUCAUAAUUAGUGUUACACAUUUUAUAUGCUGUAAAAGGCAGAUGGGCUGAACUGUAAAUUUGCUGAGCAUUACUGACAGGCCUAGAACACUAUUUGCUGACAGCCACUCAAGAAGUCCUACUCCCUUCUAGAAAUUUUCCUCCAGUAACCAGUAAAAGUCUUUUAAAAGUUCCUAUAAUCACUAACAACAGUAUCAGCUGUUUCCUUUACUGCUUUUUCAAAUUCGAAGGAAAACUAGUGUAAUUUAAUUACAAAAAAUAUGGACCUGAUCCCACAGCAUAAUCAUAUCAGCUUGCACAAAGUGAAUGUAAAAUGCUACCAAAUCAGAAUGGCAUUCUUUUGCAGGGGCUUACAUGACUACAUAAGGUGCUAGGCAGUGUGGGAUCAUGCCCCUUGCCACUAACGAGGUUAUUGAUACUUUAUUAUACUCCAGACACUGGCAGCCUGAUUCAACUCCCAGUGAAAUCAAUAGGAUUGUUAUAAUUGACUUCACUGUGAGAUGGAUCAGAUCCCUAAACAUGAAACCACUGUCUUGGCAAUCUGAUGAAGCAAACUAGGGCCCUGAUUCCACAAAGCACUUAAAUAUGGGCCUGACUUUAAGCAUGCGAAUAGUCAUCCAGAGACUUCUCACUAACUUAAAGUUGAGCUCAUGCUAGGUGUUUUGCUGAAUCAAGGCCUAGGACACAAGCAUCAGCUUCCCCAUUAAAAAGCCUUAUUAAUCAGAAAGUUUCAAGUUGUUGUAAGGCAAAUUCCACAAUUAAACAACUGGUUAACUUGGUUGCCAGACCAUGGUAAAAUUAACUCCCAACACAUCUUGGAGUCGUUGAACCACUGACUAACUAUUGUACUUGUAUGCACUAUCUAAAGGAAAGAAGGUGUAGGCUAAUGUUGGGACAGGUUUAGUUACUUUUUAAUCUUUUAAUGCCUUCUGAGGAAUGAGUAACACAGGCACAUUCUGGAUAUCUAGAAUGUCAAGAGAACAUUCAGAUUUCUGAAGGGAAAAGGUUAGAUAUAAGGUAGGUCCCUUUCUAAAGCCCAUGAAACUACUCAGAUAUGAUAGCUGGGAGAUGGAUUUUACUUCAUAUAACAAGACAAAUCAGAAGUGGUAUCACUUUUCUUCUCCUUCCUGGAAGUUCCUUCGUAUUGAUGAUAACCAUAUGACUCAUAGUAUUAAAAUACUGGGACACAGCACAAUCAGCUUAAGUAAUUCUAUCAUUCAACCCACACAACGUGUAAUUAUAAUUAGAAUGUGGUAGUACUGCCCAUAAUGUGCGCAGUGCUUGCCAAGCACAGAUGAAAAUAUAGAUCCUGUACUAAAGAGCAUUCAAUCUUAAAAAAACAUGCAGGAGGGACACCCUCUAAAUCAUUUCCUUUCCUCUCCCUACAAUGAUCAAAUGUCCUGGGUUUUAAGGGAAUGAGUCCAUAAGCAGGGGAAGGAACCGAGAGAAAUGUUUUCUUUGCAUUUAUUAUCUAUUCUGCGUUAUGUAAUUGCAGAAGUGCACCAUGUUCUCAUUUACAGUCUUGGGUUUCCAUGGAAGGCUGACGACUGGAAAUGAAACGUUCUUUAAGAAGCAGAACGUAAAUACUGGCCUGUUGAAAACUUUGCUUCAUGGAAGUUUAUUUGCUGUUGAGUUCAUGGUUCAGAAUUCAGUUGAGCAAUUCUGUAAAUACAAUACAGAUCAUUUUAAAUGAUUCUGAGCUCGUCACAAGGAAAAUCCAUAUUGAAGUUUUCCUAGUGCAUUCUGGGAACAGGGCAGUCAGGAAGCCUUCCAAAAGUAUAUUAAAAUCCACAGACCUUUCUUUUUCAGUGUAAUGCAGAUAUACCAUACACAUUAUAUUUCACUCUUUAAAAGCUGAGCCAUCAAGUUGCUUUAGUUCCUGUGAACUUUUUAAUUGCAGGUUGGUUUGAGGUUUUUUAAAUCCUCCAGUCUUAUCACAGGUUGGUUUCCUAACAGUGUGUAAGGAAAAUCAGUCAUGUCGAAUCAUCUCUGGCUAGCUCAGAGACAAGCAAACUGAGGCCACGUUGUCUGACCUCAUUUAUUUUAUCAUUAUUAAUACUUUACUUUCUUUUCACAUCCUUCUUAAAUCAUUUAUGAGUAAUCAACAACUGUCCCUCAGCUCAACAAGUAGAUGUAGAUACCUGUAUUAGACAUGGAACAUUACACCUUAGUUCUACUUAUGCGACACAGGUUACAUUGGAUUUGGAAGCAUUUCAGGCAAAUGGAUUCCUUCUCCUACUCCUUGGCUCUUCCUACCACAUAACUAGAGCCACCAGUAAAUAGCACACCUUGCUAUGAACAGCGAUAAGGGAACUUCCAAAACCAGUUUUAUCUUUGUGAACUGGGAGUGCGUUUACCUUUCAGACUUUAGUAAGAGAAUUAAACUGGAGUUUUAUUUGUAUAUUCCCUCUAACUUGUAUAUGAUGCACUUGUAUUAAUUUAUGCAGUUGUUUAGUUAUGAAUGUUCCAAGCUGGAUUGUAAGUCAUCAGUAUGUGCCUUGUCUUGUAAACUGUUAUUGUAAUAAAUUUAAUAUCAUAAUAAAUAA